AGGUUGCUUUAAAUCAUGCUAAGUUCUUUGGAUGCACUGGCGGGUAAAAUAGCCACAGCCACGCCUGGAACUGGAGCCGUGACCGCGCCCAGUGCUGCUGCUGUUGGGAAUAUCAGCAAACCCGCACAGAGCCUACACCAUCAUCAUCAUCACCUAGACUACGAUUACUCGGCGGUGGAGAUUGAACCGCCAGCCGAACAGCUGGCCAACUCGCCGCGCAACGAGCGAGAGCGACUGCAACAGGCGCAGCAAGCUUACGAGCAGCAGGCACAGGCCGAGCUGGAGUUUGGCCUCGCCGAGGUCACGAGUUGCCACAAGCUGACACAAUUGAAGAGCUCAGCGAGUGUGCAUAAUCCUCAGCAACAGCAACAGAAUAACCAUCAUCCACAGCAACAGCAGCAUGCUGGCGGCGGCAGGACAAUGGCACAGAAUCGUCAUCCGCAUCAUCAUCAUUUGAAUCAUCAUGCGGCGUACCAUCAUCCGUAUCAGCGGCAUCGCCCGAACUCUCCGCAACAAACGCCAUAUCAGCAGCAGUUGUCACAGCUGGUGGCACUACAGGAUCAUCAUGAGUUGCUGCAAUCGCAGCAGGAGCUGUUCCACAAACAGCUGGCCAAUAUGCAGGAGUAUCAGCGUGAGCGAGAGCGCGAAAGAGAGCGAGAACGUGAUAGGGAACACAGGGAAAGGAACAAUUUCAUCGUUAACAGCGAUUAUGAUUCCCAGCACGAGUUCAAAAUUUGCCUGAGGGAUAGUGCGUUUGGUAUGAGCGAUAAGAGUAGCAGCGCUACGAAUAGCCUGCCCAACAGUCCCAUUCAUAGCAACAACAAUAAUCCAUCUUUGCUCAACAACAACAAUAACGGACUGAACGGCAACAACAAUCAGGGUAGUUUGGGCAGCAGCAACAAUUCGCUCGUGGGGGGCAUUGGCAGCAACGGUAUUAUGUCUACGGCCGGACUGGUGAACAACAACAAUAAUAAUCCGUGCAGCGCCAAUCGUAAUGUCGUCGUGAGCAUGGACGAUGACUCGUGCUUCCGUUUGGAUUCCGAUGCCACCGUCACCUACAGCGACAAGGAACCCGAUCCAGACAACAUCAAGAUGUUUGUGGGCCAAAUACCCAAAUCCAUGGAUGAGUCGCAGCUGCGUGAGAUGUUUGAGGAGUAUGGACCGGUGCACUCGAUCAAUGUGCUGCGCGACAAGGCCACAGGCAUUAGCAAGGGUUGCUGUUUUGUGACAUUCUUUACGAGACGAGCCGCACUGAAGGCGCAGGAUGCUUUGCAUAAUGUGAAGACACUCGCUGGGAUGUAUCAUCCCAUUCAAAUGAAGCCCGCCGAUAGUGAGAAUCGCAAUGAACGCAAACUGUUUGUCGGCAUGCUAAACAAAAAGUUGAACGAGAACGACGUGCGUAAACUAUUUGAGGUCCACGGCAACAUUGAGGAGUGCACGGUAUUGAGAGAUCAGAACGGACAGAGCAAGGGUUGUGCCUUUGUCACAUUCGCCACCAAACACGCUGCCAUUUCGGCCAUUAAAGUGACUCUAAGCCAAAAUAAAAUCAUGGAGGGCUGCACUUCGCCUCUGGUCGUCAAGUUUGCCGAUACCCAAAAGGAAAAGGAACAAAAGAAGAUACAGCAAAUCCAAGCGAAUCUGUGGAAUUUGGCCAGUAAUAUCAAUAUACCGCUAGGACAGGCGGCUCAGAGUGUCUCCACACCGAUACUGCCAAACCCACCGCAACAACAAUCGCCAGUGCUGGGCGCCGAUGCCCUAACACCGGCCUCUAUUCAACUGUUGCAACAGUUGCAGGCCGUAGGACUGCAACAGCAGCUGCUGCAAGCCCUCACUGGCCUGAAUGCCCAGCAAAAUAAUUCAAAUCAGGAUAGUGCAGCGGCUGCCGCUGCCGCUGGACUCUUGACACCGAUGACUGUACAAAAUUUGGCGGCCAUUGCGGCCAUGACGCAGCCAAGUCUAACGAAUGCCGCAGCAGCCGCUGCCGCUGCCUCAUCGCCGGGCAGUGCACAACUGACAAACACGGCCGCUCUGCUCUGGUCCGAUCCGAAUCCAUUGGCAUCGGCGUAUAUGUCAACAGCCGCCGGCUUGCCGCAAUUUGGGAGCGCCAGUGCAUUGUCCACAUCGCCGCUGGCCAGUGUGGCCCUGAGCGCCGCAGCAGCCGCCGCUGCGGGCAAGCAGAUUGAAGGCCCAGAGGGAUGCAACUUAUUCAUUUACCAUCUGCCGCAGGAAUUCACCGAUACGGAUCUGGCCUCGACAUUCCUGCCCUUUGGCAAUGUCAUAUCGGCCAAGGUGUUUAUCGAUAAGCAGACCAGUCUAUCAAAGUGCUUUGGCUUUGUCUCGUUCGAUAAUCCAGACUCGGCCCAGGUGGCCAUCAAGGCCAUGAAUGGUUUCCAGGUGGGCACAAAGCGCUUGAAGGUGCAGCUCAAGAAGCCUAAGGAUGCCUCCAAGCCUUACUAGACAGGGCGCAACGAAGCAACGGAAUAUCGGUAGUACACCUCCGAUAAUCUACAAGGAGAAGUAACAAAAGAAAAUAAAAGUAGAAAUCAAGCAAGCAAAAAUGAGAUACAAAAGAUUUGUCAAAUGGAUUAGUCACUGAAUGAUGAGAGUUUCCCGUGUAGAGCGCGCGCAUCGCAAGUAUACCGAUAAAGAGAUGCAAAUGCCAACGUUGUACGUAUAAUAAAUAAUAAUAAUCUUAAAAUCAAAAAAAAAAACAACAUGAAAUCCGUGCCAAAUAGAGACAGCAAGAAAAACACUUAAAUUUUAAGCACGUUGAAUGUUUGAAGUAGAAUCGA